AAUUUCAAAAUGGCGUAUGUUACUCGGGUUGGAGAUUCAGCUAGUUCGGCGGGUUUACCUUUGGUAUGGAGAAAGUUCUGUCCAAUUUGUCGUUUAUCAUUGGCGAAUGACCUAGAAAAAGCUAAAGAAAUGGAGAGUACUGAUCCCAAACAGGCUAAGAAAUCACUUUAUUUUAUAGUGAAGUUAAAUAUUCCCAUGGAAGAUGAUGAGCUUGUGAAAAUAAAGGAACAAGCUAUCCUAAUUCUUGCUUCGUUGCAUUCCAAGACAUCCGAAGCGGAAGACCUCGGUGGACUUAUUAAGUUCAUUAGACCAUUUCUUCAGUCGUUUUCCAAAGCAAAAGCUGCUAAACUUGUCCGUACCUUGGUGGAUUGUUUUCUUGACAUGGAGGCUUCUACUGGAAUGGAGGUUGAACUGUGUCUAGAAUGUAUAGAAUGGUCAAAACAGGAGAAGCGAACCUUCCUAAGACAAGCUCUAGAGUCAAGACUAAUUGGGCUGUACUUUGAUACCAUGAAUUACACUGAAGCUCUAAAAUUAGGUUCUAAAUUACUAAAAGAACUCAAAAAGUUGGAUGACAAAGUACUCCUCGUUGAGGUGCAGUUGGGGUUUGAUUCUAUUGACAGUCCCAAAGCAGUAUCAGCGUUGAAGUAUAUGUUACUGUGCAAAAUUAUGCUUGACAGUCCUGAUGAUGUUCAGUCUAUAAUAAGCCGUAAACURGCACUAAGAUACUCAGGAUCACAGGCGUUGACUACAUACAAGAAAGAGUUGACAGAUGAUCCUAUUAUACAAACUCAUCUUGAUGCACUUUAUGAUAACCUGCUCACUCAAAAUUUACUAAGGAUUAUUGAGCCAUUCUCAAGAGUAGAGAUUGAGCAUGUUGCAAAGCUGAUAAACCUACCUCAGGAUGUUGUUGAAAAAAAGCUUUCACAGAUGAUCCUAGACAAGAAACUACAUGGUAUCCUAGAUCAAGGUUCUGGAGUAUUAGUAGUAUUUGAUGAUGCUACACCAGACAAGACUUAUGAACACACAUUGGAUCUUGUACACCAGAUGGGUACAGUCGUAGAUGCUCUCUACACCAAGGCUAAAAAAUUAUCUUAGAGUCACUUGGACCUUCUUGUCUAAUCUGUUGUCAUUAUGUAUUAAAAUAUAUCUCUGCAAAGAUACCUGGGUUUAUAAGAAGAUGUAUAAACAAAAUUCUGUGUCCUCAUAAAAAGCUUUUUUCUUUCUGUAAAUGAUACGAAGAAAGGCAGUGUGUACCUCAACCAACUAAGAAGAUCAUCACAGCCAUGUUUUUUCCAUUGACUUUUUCAUUAGAGGACCUUAGCCUUCUCAUUGUUUAGAAACCAUCAGUUCUAGACUUGCCAAGUUUCGUAUAUCAUCAGCAUUAUUUAUCCUUUCAGGGUUGUAGCGCACUAGAGCAAAACCAAAACUUUUUUUUACAAUGUAAAAAAGAGAAGGAUUGAAGAAAGUGUUUUUUCAUUUUGAA